GCUAAAUUGUGGGAGCUAAGAACAUAAAGUACAUUGAUUUCUUUAUUAUGGCUAGCAGAUAUUUAAGAAUGUUAGCACAGGUCUUUGAAUAAUUUUUGCUUCUAAGAGAAGUUACUAUUUAUUCCUAAUUAGACAGGGAGGAAAGUCUUUGAAGAGGAACCUCUACUUUAUUUUCUACACUCCCUCACCUUCCUAGGUCGUCUGAAGGUUUCCUGAGGUUCUGGAAAACAGAAAGUAUCCUAAAUACUUAAAUAGUAUUAUAUGCUACCAAUUAAUUGUCCACUCUAUCAUCUAAAGAUCUCACGACAAACAGUAUAUGGAAGUAUAUGUUUCACCUUAUCCUGUAGGUCCAAAUUCUCUGUUGAGAAUUAUGUGGACUUCAGAGCUAGUUUGUUUCAUGGAGGUAGCUAGUUUGUUUCACUGACAUGCUGCAUGCCUCACUUGGUAAGCCUCAGGCCUUGUCCAGAGCAGGGUAUAGCCUUUGGUCUAGCCAACCUUGCUGGAUGUUGUAAAGUAUUUUAGCUAUUGGAUUAUGCUUUCUAUAAAUGUAAAGAUGUCACGGGACCUCAGGUGUAUUCAUGCAGGCUUUGCCAUUUAUCCUAGCUCCAGUUAGUUACCGCAGGGAUAGCAAAAUAAAUGUAAGGCAUCACACCAACACAAGGAAUGAUCAAUCUUGUUACUAAGAGGACAGAGGAAUCCCUACCAUGUAGGGUAAAUUUCUUUCUAGGCCCUUUAAAUGUGAAAUGUAAUAAGGCAAUUUAAAGAUCAUUUCACUAACAUGUAAAGGAAAAUACAAACAUGUGCACAUCAAAUUGCAGGUCUUACAGUUUUGGUUCUAAGGAAACAAUAAUUAACAUAAGCUCAAAAUGACACUUGCUGUCUGGGAACAGUUCUGGUGAAAUAAUGAACCUGUAGAAAUAAAAUUGAAGAGCUAAUCAGCCUUGAACGGCGCUGAGGUGCGUGUUUCUCUCUCUCUGGUUGCUGUUCAUCUCUUGCUUGUCUCUCUGCUUUCCUCUAUGCCUUUGAUGAGACACAUAAUUUUUAUGUUGGGCGACAAGGUCACAGUUCUCUCUGAUAAUUACAUAGAUGAGAAUAUAUUUGGUCUUGGAGGAAAAAAACUUUGCUUUACAAAUGUACAUAUAGAAAUAACUUUGACCUUUUGGUAAAGAUAACCAGGUUCUUCCUCAGCAACAGAAAAACAGGCACAUUCCGAGGUGUGAGUUUCAUUUUAUAGUGAUAGCUCCUCCUAAUAAAAACCUUUGUAAGGAAAAGGACAAAGUUGUUGGUUCAGGGGGCUAGCGGUAGACCCCUUCUCCUACAGCUCAAAGAUAAGGUAAAUCAAAGUGCCCCCCAAGAGUUAAAUGAGAGAAAACCCACAUGCAGUGGAUAGCAUUAGCCAUCUGUGGUAGGAAAGGAACAGAUUGUCAGUCAAUGCAUGGUUAAAGAGUUUGAGAACACCCAAAACCUUAAUCAAGGUGAUAUGGGAGCAAUCUCAUGAAGGUAGAAUGGGAGGAUGGUUGCAUUUAGCUGUUAAAACCUCAUCAGUUGCAUUCCCACAGGAAGACUGCCUGGAUAUUAAGAUGAUGUCGUCACAGAGCUGGGAUUCUCACAGUGUGAUUGAAGACAUCAUUACAAAGAUGCAAGAUGACAAGACAGGGGGUGUGCCCAUCAGAACAGUCAAGAGCUUUCUCUCCAAAAUCCCCAGUGUCGUCACAGGUACUGACAUUGUGCAGUGGCUUAUGAAGAACCUUUCCAUUGAGGACCCAGUUGAAGCAAUACACUUGGGAAGCCUUAUCGCUGCCCAGGGCUACAUCUUUCCGAUCUCGGACCAUGUUCUCACCAUGAAGGAUGAUGGCACCUUUUAUCGUUUCCAGGCUCCGUACUUCUGGCCUUCGAACUGCUGGGAACCUGAAAACACUGACUAUGCCAUCUAUCUCUGUAAGAGGACAAUGCAAAAUAAAGCAAGGCUGGAACUGGCAGAUUAUGAAGCAGAAAACUUAGCAAGACUCCAGAGGGCCUUUGCAAGGAAGUGGGAAUUCAUCUUUAUGCAAGCAGAAGCACAAGUAAAGAUUGACCGGAAAAAAGACAAGACAGAAAGGAAAAUUUUGGAUAGUCAAGAACGAGCCUUUUGGGAUGUCCACAGGCCUGUGCCAGGCUGUGUGAACACAACAGAAAUGGAUAUCCGAAAAUGUCGACGUUUGAAGAAUCCACAAAAGGUUAAAAAGUCCGUGUAUGGCGUGACUGAAGAGUCCCAGGCACAGAGCCCGGUGCAUGUACUCAGCCAACCAAUCAGGAAAACAACAAAAGAGGACAUCCGGAAACAGAUAACAUUUUUGAACGCACAGAUUGACAGACAUUGUUUGAAAAUGUCCAAAGUGGCUGAAAGUUUAAUUGCCUACACGGAACAGUAUAUGGAAUAUGACCCUUUGAUAACACCAGCUGAGCCAUCCAACCCUUGGAUCAGCGACGACGUUGCUUUGUGGGACAUAGAGAUGAGCAAAGAGCCCAGCCAACAGCGAGUAAAAAGAUGGGGCUUCUCUUUCGAUGAGAUAUUGAAGGACCAGGUGGGGCGGGACCAGUUUCUACGAUUCCUGGAGUCCGAAUUCAGUUCAGAAAACCUCAGGUUCUGGCUGGCUGUCCAAGAUCUUAAGAAACAACCCCUACAGGAUGUUGCCAAGAGGGUAGAAGAAAUCUGGCAAGAGUUUCUGGCUCCAGGGGCUCCAAGUGCAAUCAACCUGGAUUCUCACAGCUAUGAGAUAACCAGUCAAAAUGUCAAAGAUGGAGGGAGAUAUACAUUUGAAGAUGCCCAGGAGCACAUCUACAAGCUGAUGAAGAGUGACAGCUAUGCCCGCUUCCUCCGGUCAAAUGCUUACCAGGAUUUGCUGCUGGCCAAGAAGAAGGGAAAGUCGCUGGCGGGCAAGCGCCUCACGGGCCUGAUGCAGUCCUCCUGACCGUUCCCACCGCAGGUCCAGGGCCCGGGCCCGCGGACCCCACAGGCAGGCGGCGGCGCUCCACAUCUGCGGACAGAGUUUCCUUACGGGGAGACUUGGUCACUGUGAAGGAGAAAGAGUGAGGGCAAUGAAGGGCGAGUGGGGAGAUUCGGUGGAUGAAUGGGGAGACCAGAAAGAAAGAGUCCACAGAGCCUGGGCUGGGCCCGGCGGAGGCUCCUGUUUACAGCCCUCUCUUCUUUGUACAGUUGUAUUCCAACACUCCACUCGCUAAGAGGCCCUGAUCCCAGCUCAUUCAGGGGAGAACACGUCGUGGGGUUCCUGUCACGACUAUCACUUGAGAUUAUAUUAUUAUCCUCACUCCCUCGCUGUCUGGAGAGGGUCACACCUUCUGGCAAAUUCAAGAGGGAUGAGUGGACCAAGAGCACAUCCAGUAUUUGCAUCACCUCCCUGGCACCUCCCAUAGUUACAGCCACUAUAUCCCCACCGCCGCCUGUCAUCCUUCACGUCUCUGUGGCCACCCGGGUGUCACCGCCAGCACUAGGCACUGCUUUCACGUAAAAUGUCCAAAUCACAUCUUCAGCAAGAAAGCAACCUCACGGAUUGCCCCGCCUCAAGUUCUUUCCACCCUCUUUGAGAUCAACGUUCGGAGAGGUCCCCGCCAGCCCAGUGGCUGCCCUCAGGUCCCGUCACAUGUCUCAAGGGUCCAGCGUUUGAGGAAGCACUGUUGUAGAUGACAGAGCUUGUUGUUUCACAGCUGCAGGGAUUCUGCUGACCAUCUUUUAGAAAAUUAUUUCAUAAUUUAUUCUGGUUUUGCCCCCUUGCUCCUUGGUUUAUUCCCUCAUGUUUUACUCAAAAUAAACAUGGCCAUGAACUCAGGGGCCAUUGGGAUUCUCCCCUCUGGCAGCCCCAGGUGGGAGCUGGGAGGGUCCCCAGCCCAGGAGGUGGCUGGAUUGCAGGGCUGGCAGCCCCACGUGGUGGCAUCCUGACAGGCAUGGUGAGACCCUUGCUGGGUCAGGUCUCCUUUGUGUGUGAAGCGGGGCAGAGUAUGCUACGAAGGGACCAGGCCAGGCCACAGGGUUCUCCUCCCCGUCUUUAUCUGAAGGCCCAGCCAAAGCACCCCUCUAAACCGGUCGCCUAGGGGAAAUGCAAAAACCUGCAAAAGAUCCACCUGUAUUCCCUCUGUGUGUGCAUCAAAAUGACCAUUUGCCAACUUGGCUGUGAGGUAAUGUAUGUAAAGCACCGACUCAGGUGCCUGACACGUAGUAGGUGCUUAGCAAACGGUAGCUAAUACUAUCAUCAUUGUCAUUGUUAUUGUGACACCCAUGAGCCCACAGACAGAGCUGUAUUAAGUAACCUGUUUUUGAAUCCAGACAUUCACUCCCCCACUUGCUAUGACUAUCCUCCUUUGAUCUAUUUUUGGUCAUAGGUAAAAAAAAAUCUCUCUUGGGAGCAUAUAAACAAAAAACAUAGAAGCAAUAAAGCGAUCGCUGGUAUUUCUUUUCUCAUGUAGCCAAAUUCACCAGCUGGUGACCGAAGGCUCAGAUGCUUGCUUAUUUGCAGACCCUGCCUCCUGGGUGCUCCCCAAUGACCCAUCUUUCCACCCCACCACUUCCAAGUCCUGUCUAUGUCUGCUUCCACACAGCCCUGUCCCCAGGGCACCAGCCUUCUGUCCCUCACAGCAGUGCCAUGACGGGCAUUGGGAGUCUUCGUUAUGUUGUAUCCUUGUGAGUUCUUGACUACCAUGCCCAAGUUUCCCCCACUGGCAAUAGUUCCUCUCUCGGAGGUACAGUGGAAACUGGAGAGAUGACAGAUGUUGAGUCCUCAGUGUCUCCAGGGGCAGCAAUUCUUGCUGGACACCUGCACAUGCUCAGAACAGAGGCUGGUACUUUGGAGGCACUAACCACUUGAUGAGUAAAUGAAUGGCAUAAAGCCCCAUUCCAAGUUAUGGGGUCUUUUGACAGGCCCCUUUCAUCCUCUUUCUCUUUGUAUAAACCUCAUGUUUCAGAACAAAAUUGCAGUCUAAGUUCAUUUUGCCCCCAGCCUUGCCCAAGGAUCCCCAGGCUGUGCUGACCCCUAGGCAUAGGGGCAAAGGGUAUUCCCAAGAAGCAGGCACCUCAGUGCCCUCAGUUAUCCAGGGCAAGGGGCCUGGCUGCCCCCUGCUCCUCCCCAUGGUACAGGGGCAUUCUAAGCCAGGCUGCAGACAGGGCAGGGUUGGCUUCUUGGCCAUUCCUUCUGUGCCCCCUUCUCCUUCUGACUGGUCUCACCCUGGAGAUCCCCAGAGGAUCUGACCAGAGCCAGGUGGACCAUGGCCCUGAGAUGGAGCUGGCUGCAGGCUUACAAGCACCUCUGGGGACAUCCAGAGGGGAGGGUCAGUAAGCACAACGGAGCUAGGGAGACUUCAGAUGGACUCAAACCCAGAGCAAUAACACUCUCACACCACCCCGCAGCUAAGGCAUGCACGUUCCCCAGUAGACCAAGCCAGAAGCUUUGCAAGAAGGGAGUGGAACAAGGCUGCCUAUUCAAGGUCCAUCUACCACGCAGAACUUGGUCAUGCAAGUACAUUUGGAAAAUCUGGUCUUGGCCCGUCCCCCAUUGGCCUGGUCUACACAGCCAAAAAUUCAGACUAGAUUAGAUGUUUGCAGGCAAUUCUGUAGCAAAGCAAAUUCCCCUACCCCAUCCUGCCCCCUAGAAACUGCCUUAGCCUCCCUGACGGGGUGUGGUCUCUGGGCCUAGGACUCCUCCCUAUGAGGAAAAGUGCUCUCCAGCCACAUCUUGGCAGCCCCACAGCCACAGCAUCAGGGCAGCUGCAGCAAGUGACCACCCACCCAUCGGGUUAGAUACACAAGGCACCAGGCACUGGCAUCUGACUAAAAUAACCUUUCCCUACAUGGGAAGAGGAAAGCUUGUAGGUUGGCACAUAUAAAUGUCCAGCCGCAGCCAGAUGGCCUGACCUAAGCAGCAGGAACUCUCUGGGCUGGGGAGGAGCCUCCUGCCCUUCUAGUAAGUGAUGCGUCAGCUUUGUUCUCCUGGGAAGGUGUUGCUAUACCCCAGGAACAAAGCAGGGCCCAACUGCCAGUGCAGGCAGCCGGGCCUGCGCUCCAGGCUCACCGCCACUAAGUGGUCAGGUACCAGGCCAGCACCCUGGGUGGGACCUCUUGCGGCUCUGAGUUGCAGCUUGGACUAGCUGAACACAUGGGGACAUGCUCCAGGGGCUUCUUCCCUGGCAGGAUUCCUGGGAUGUUCAAACUACCUCACCAACAGGACACUGAACCAGGAGCCUGCCACCCAACUGGCCCCCUUGGUGACUGUGGAAGGUGAUGUUUUUCCUAAAAUAUAUGCCUCCUGUUCUGCUCCAAAUACAUGAGCUUCAAAAACCACCACCAGGAAAGCCUUCCCAGAAGAGGGAAAGGAUUGAGGGCUCUCUUCCUUUGGGCUCUGCAGAAUGUAUUGGAGGGAGGUGUUGCUGCAAGGUCCAGGAGCUGGGAAGCUCUGGGCUCGGGGGCAGAUAAUGCACCACCAGCCUCGAAAAGGAGCUGCCCAAGUUGAAUAUGUAGCAAAGACCAUGGGAUAAGUUGAAUAGUGGCCAAAUGAAUCACUAAUAACUCACCAUGGGACCCUCUGAAGAGAGGCCUGUGCUCAUGUAACCAUAGCAACAGCAGAUGCCAGCAACCUACUUAUUAGUACCACCCAGUGAUAAGGCAUCCCCUGGGCUAGACCCAGGGGCCAUAAAGUAGCAAAGUAGCAAAUGUAGCAAUAAGGGGCCCGGGUCUAUACGGGGACAGGGUCCAAAUGACCAGGACUUGGCCCUCUCCCCAGCCCCCAUGAGGGCUCAGAGCCAGCUGCUGUCAGCUGUCCGGGGAGGGAAGGCCCUGCUCCAUACUAGGGGCCCCUGUUCUAUACGCUAAGCCCACUCACCGCAUGAUCACGGACUCAUCAGAAUGGCCUCCUCUUAGUGCAUGUGGUUCUCAUUAGUUUAUUUUUCUGGAAUUUGGGGAUUGGACCCCAGAACCAAACAUGCUGGUACAGUCUAAAAAUAAAUGACUUGAACCCACUUCAA